AUGCAUAUCCCUACUUUCGGUCAGGUUGCCACCAUUGGCAUGGCUUUCUUCGCCGUUGCUGCUCUGGCUGCCCCCAUUGCCGAGCCUCUUGAUGCGGAGCUCGUCGAGCGAUCCACCGAUGUUGCUGCUCGUGGCGAGGGAAUUGCAGCCUUCACCGGCGCCAUCAACGGCCUUGAGCAGCGCAACAGCAAGAAGAAAUGCAAGCGUAACAACAACAAGGGCUACUGCACCGACUCCGAUGACGACAAGAAGGACAAGAAGAAGAACAAGCAGUGCAAGCGCAACAAGAAGGGCGACUGCUCUGAUUCCGAGGAUGAGAAGAAGAAGAAGAAGCAGUGCAAGCGCAACAAGAAGGGCGACUGCUCUGAUUCUGAGGAUGAGAAGAAGAAGGGCGACAAGAAGAACGACGACAAGAAGAACGAUGACAAGAAGAACGAUGACAAGAACGGCAAGGACAACAAGGGCGGUUACUACUAA